AUGCCUUCCACUGUCCAAAACGUCACUCUCGUCGGCGCCACCGGCAACGUCGGCGCCAUUGCUCUCGAAAAGCUCGCCGCCACCAAGCACAACCUCCAAGUUCUGCGUCGCGAGGGCUCCAAGUCGACCUUCCCGGCCUCCAUCAAGGUCAUUGACGUCGACUUUACCUCGGAGCCGGCCCUCACACGCGCCCUGCAGGGCCAGGACGUCGUCAUCUCCACAAUCCCCGCCGAGGUCGCCGGGCUGCAGACGACGCUCAUCGACGCCGCCAUCGCCGCCGGCGUGGGCCGCUUCCUGCCCUCCGAGUUUGGCUGCAACAUUGAGAACCCCAAGGCGCGCCAGGUACCCGUCUUUGCCGAAAAGGUCCGCAUCGAGGACUACCUCAAGCAAAAGGCCGCCGCCGGCCUCAUCUCGUACACCUUCGUCUUCAACGGCCCCUUCCUCGAAUGGGGCAUCGAGAACAACUUUGUCAUCAACGUCGCCGGCUUCAAGCCGCGCCUGCUCGACGACGGCAAGGCCAUCUUUAGCUCCGCCAACCUUGAGACGGUCGGUCGCGCCCUGGCUGCUAUCCCCGACCAUCUGGAGGCGACCAAGAACCGCGCCGUCUUCAUCGAGGACAUCAAGAUCUCGCAGGAGCGCCUGCUCGCCCUCGCCAAGCAGGCCGCCCCGGAGAAGCCGUGGGAGGUCACCUACGCCAAGACCGAGGAUCUCGUCAAGGUGGCUGGCGAGGGACUGGCCAAGGGCAUCUUCACGUUUGACAACAUUGCCCCCUUCCUUCACCAGGCCGUCGUCACACCGGGCUACGGUGGCAACUUUGACAAGUCGGACAAUGAGCUUCUGGGUCUGGGCCACAGCUCCGAGGAGUUUGUUCUACAGCAGUACAAGAAGCUUCUUCAGCAUCAACUUGGAAUAUUCAACCUGUUCCUAUACCUUGUAUCACCCCCGACAAUUUAUCAGGACGGCAGCGGCCAUCUCACAGCCCCUUCAACAAGCCAUUGUGCAGAGCUUUUGAUGCCCGACUUUGGACGCCCGACUUUGGACGCCCAACCAGCCAUUUCUCAACUGCGCAACCGACCAACCUCAUCAACCAUGUGCUGCAUGAACAGGGUGCAGUAUAGCUGUGGCUGCGUAAAGGACAGCAAGUUUGAGCAAUGCGAGCAGCGCAAAGACACGCCGGUGAAAUGCGACAAAAUUACCCGGAGCGUUCCCGAAAACCUGCUCAGUUACUGCAUGUCCCAUUGCAUGCCGGACAAAGGCCGCGGCCUUACAAAGGCCAACUUUCAAACGCACAAGAAUGGCGAGAGUGGACAAGUCGAAUUCUCCAUUCUCAAGGAUUUAUCCCAAGGGUAG